AUGGUAGAUCAUAAGUCCAAAGAUUCGUUUAAGGAAUCUGAUAUAAAACAAAGGGGCAUUUCAUCAACUAAAAUUCAAGGAAGCAUAUCAGAUGCCAAUCUAGGAUCGAGUUCAAGUGAUGUUCAUUUACCCUUGAAAGAGAUUCAUCUAAAGUCACAUGAAUGGUUUGGAGACUUCAUUACGAAGCAUGAGAUUCCUCGUAAAGUGUUCCACUCUUCCAUCGGUUUCAUUACACUCUACCUAUACACUCAAGAUGUCGAUUACAAGAAAGUAAAAUUCCCAUUGAUUGUUGGUUUCACUGUUGUUUUUACUUUGGACGUUAUUAGAUUGAACUUUCCAGGAUUUAAUAAACUGUACUGUCGUUGUGUUGGUGCUUUGAUGAGGAAGAGAGAAAUUCAUGCGUAUAAUGGUGUUCUUUGGUAUUUAUUGGGUUUGACUUUUGCAUUCACUUUUUUCAGUAAAGAUGUCGCAUUGAUCUCUCUGUUCCUGCUAAGUUGGUCUGAUACCGCUGCCUCCACAAUUGGUAGGAAAUAUGGACACUUGACUCCAAAAGUGGCAAAACAUAAAUCUCUGGCUGGGUCACUAGCUGCUUUCCUUGUGGGUCAAUUAACGUGCUACGCUUUUUACGGCUAUUUCGUUCCUCAUUAUAGCUGGGUCAAUAAACCGGGUGAGAUUUCAUGGUCGGAAGAAACAAGCAAAUUGAAUCUCCAUCAAUUCUCACUUUUUGGUGGGUUCGUAGCUGCCCUAAGUGAAGGAAUAGAUAUUUUUAAUUGGGAUGACAACUUCACGAUCCCUGUUUUGUCCGCCAUCUUUAUGUCAUCAGUGAUCCGUUUCUUCAAGAAAUGA